AUAAGUGUGUGAAAGCACAAUUAAAUAUGUUGCAGUAUGUAAGACUUGCUUUGAUCCACGUUUAUUGGGAAAUAUCGCAAAUAGUUAUCUUGAAUCCGCAGUGAAUUUCUAAUGUGCUUGUUUCACUCCCAAAACUACAUUACCCAGAAUUCGUGUCUCACUUGUGAUUCGCUGCUACCGAAUGACAGCAUGUGACGCAAUCUGAAGGCGCGCGCGAAACUCCAGCAAGUGGUCUUGACUGAUUUUAAGGUGUUUCGGACUUUAACUGAAGACUUCUUCGCAUUUUAAGUCUUAAAGACAUUUUAUUUACCGGCAUGAAUGUUUCCUCAGCACCCUAUGGUUUUUACAGCACAUAAUUUUUGAUGAUAUUACUCCUUUGACUCAUUUUUUUUGUCUGAACAACGGAGUUCAUUCGUCGUCUGGUUGGAGUUGGACGAGCUGAAGCUAACGUCAGUCAGUUGUUUUUAGCAGAACUCUGCUGAGCUCACCUACAUAAACGGUGUGGUGGUAGCAUGACGGCGCUGUUGCAGCACCCGGGAUACGAUGAGGAGAGCUUGAAGGGGGUAGCAGAGAAGUUGCCCUGCAGAGAGGUCCAGGCUGAAAUGUUGCUGUCGCUGAUGGGGCAGCCGCACCAGUACAGCUACCCUUCAAUCCUCAUUUACGGUCAUCGAGCCUCAGGGAAAAGCCACGUGAUGCACGUUUUGAUGAAGGAGCUGGAGCUUCCUCACGCCACAGUGAGCUGCGUCGAGUGUGUUUCUAUUGCGUUGCUGUUUGAACAAGUGCUGCUGUCCUUCUUUGGCUGCGAUGCCGCCUCUCUUCUCCCCCGCAGUCCCUCCCUGUCUGACUUUGUCCGUGUCUACAGACAGCAGUGCUCCCAGUCUCCUGCCAAACAGACGCGAUACAUUGUAAUGGAGAAAGCCGAGCUUCUGAGAGAUACUGAUGCCAGUCUCCUCUCUGCUCUCCUGCGUCUUCAGGAGCUGGUUGGGGACAACGUUACCGUCAUCUUGCUCAGUGAAAUCGCCUGGGACAAGUUCAGACCAAACACAGGCUGCUUUGAGCCGCUUCUGCUGCAUUUCCCUGACUACAGUAAAAGUGAGCUGCAACAGAUUUUGUCCCAGAACGUGCAUCCUUCAUAUUCAGCUGGGUUUUACUCUGCGUACAUCAACAUCCUGCUGGGAGUCUUCUACUCUGUCUGUCGAGACCUCAGAGAGCUGCAACACCUGGCUGCCCUGAACUUUUCAAAGUUCUGUGAGCCUUUGGCAGAAGGGAAAGUGAAAGAGACUGACACCCACAAGCUGUGGAAACACAUUGAGCCACAUUUGAAAAAAGCCAUGCAGACGGUUUACCUUCGAGAGGUGUCCAGUCUGCAGUGGGAGCAAAUGCAGCAAAUGGAGGAGAAGGAGGCCGGAGCCUUGCGAGGUUUAUCAGCUCACACUCAUGUUGAAUUGCCUUAUUACUCCAAGUUCCUGUUGAUUGCUGCCUAUCUGGCUUCCUACAACCCUGCACGCACAGAUAAACGCUUCUUUUUAAAGCACCAUGGUAAAAUAAGAAAAACAAACUUCCUGAAGAAAAAUGAAAAGACAAGUAAUCACCUUCUGGGUCCAAAGCCCUUCCCUCUGGACCGCUUGCUUGCCAUCUUUUACAGUGUGGUGGACAGCAGAGUCACCCCGACAGCGAGCAUCUUCUCACAGAUUUCUUCGCUGGUGACCCUGCAGCUGCUGGCUCAGGUCAGUCAUGACGACCAGCUCGACGCCCCGAAGUACAAAUGUGCCGUUUCUCUGGACUUCAUCUGCGCCAUAUCCAGGACGGUGAACUUUGAUAUUGUCAAGUAUUUGUACGACUUUCUGUGAGCCUGCAGUGCAUUAACAGAGAGAUGACACGCAGUGACAGUCAGACAAAGGCACAUUUGUUUCUGCAAGAACUCACCUAAGGACAAGUAUUUGGAAACACAAGAAGCUCCAGGAGGAAAUUAAUCCAAUUAUUUCGCUGCCCCCUUGUGGUUGAUAAAUGAGCUCCUCGUUUAAAUGUUUGUAUUUGUAGAAAAUAAAUCUUUGUAACUU